AUGAUGGAUAAUGACAAGCCACAUAACAGUUCUGUCAUCAAGAAGCAACAAGAAGCGCGCAACUUACAGUCGGACCUUGAGUGUGUACUUCUUGCUCUUCUCUCUUCAAAGUACAAAUUCACAAUUGCAAAACCACAGAAGAAGGCAGAAUACUCGAGACAAUUUAUUAAAGUGAAAAAUAUGAUUAAAUUCGAUGACCUGAAUUUUACAUUCCAUGUUCAAAAAUUUUUCAAGAAGUGCAGUUUGGAGUCGAUUUCACUCUCCCUUAAAAAUGGUCUUACUCAAAAAACCGCCAAAAGAAGAUCACAAGCGUAUAAAAGAAGACUUGCACUUCAUUUAUUUGAAGACUUGUUACUCGAAGAUGGUUUUCUAAUAACAACUCACAAAGAAAAUCGGGAAGGGAUUAUAGGCGAUGUCACUAUAUAUAAAAACAACCUUCCAUCAUUCUCUAAAAAUGAUAUCCAAAAUAUAGGGCCUGUCAUAUGGGAUUUCCUCAAUGAACGACUCGGUUCUUCCUUGCAAGUCACUAUCGACUUUUCUGAACUCUCCUGUUUCCUCAAUACCCAAACCAAUCUGUAA